GCUCCAAUUGAGCCACACAACUCAUCAAACACUUAAUUAUAUUGUCCUCCUUCUAUUUCAUUUUAUACAUAUAUCUUUGUAUAAGGAAUUAUUUGAAUUCAUUUGCUUCCUCAAUUUGGGAAGCUAUAAACAAUGACGAUGGCAGAUAAACCACAUCAAGUAUUUGAGGUUUAUGGUGAAUCGAAAUGUUUUGAUGACGAUGGUCGUAUCAAAAGGACUGGAUCUGUUUGGACGGCAAGUGCUCACAUCAUAACUGCUGUGAUAGGAUCAGGAGUUUUAUCAUUGGCUUGGGCUACUGCUCAGCUUGGAUGGGUAGCUGGGCCAACUGUAUUGCUACUUUUCUCCUUUGUAACUUACUAUACCUCUGCUUUACUUUCCGAUUGUUACCGGACCGGUGAUCCAGUUACCGGAAAAAGAAAUUAUACUUAUAUGGAUGCUGUUCGAGCCAAUCUAGGUGGAUUUCAGGUUAAGAUUUGUGGUGUGAUUCAGUAUGCAAAUCUUUUUGGAGUUGCAAUUGGUUAUACCAUCGCGUCUUCCAUUAGUAUGGUGGCUGUGAAUAGGUCUAAUUGUUUCCAUAAACAAGGUCAUCAUGCUGCUUGCAAUGUUUCAAGCACUCCCUAUAUGAUCAUGUUUGGAGUGAUGGAAAUUAUCUUCUCACAAAUCCCGGAUUUCGAUCAGAUUUCUUGGCUUUCUAUUGUUGCUGCUGUUAUGUCGUUUACUUACUCUACAAUUGGUCUUGGCUUAGGAGUUGCUCAAGUUGCAGAAACAGGAAAAAUUGAAGGAAGUUUAACUGGGAUUAGCAUUGGAACUGAAGUAACUGAAAUGCAGAAGAUUUGGAGAAGCUUUCAAGCUCUUGGAGCUAUAGCUUUUGCUUAUUCUUACUCCCUAAUCCUUAUCGAAAUUCAGGAUACACUCAAAUCACCACCAGCAGAAGCAAAGACAAUGAAAAGGGCAACACUAAUUAGUGUGGCAGUUACAACAGUUUUCUACAUGCUUUGUGGUUGCUUUGGGUAUGCAGCAUUUGGAGAUCAAUCCCCUGGAAACCUACUAACCGGAUUCGGAUUCUACAACCCCUAUUGGCUUCUUGACAUCGCGAACAUAGCCAUCGUUGUUCACCUAGUAGGUGCAUACCAAGUUUACUGUCAACCCCUUUUCGCCUUUGUUGAAAAAACAGCAGCUGAAUGGUACCCUGACAGCAAAAUCAUUACAAAAGAAAUCGAUGUCCCAAUCCCGGGAUUCAAACCUUUCAAGCUCAACCUUUUCCGUCUAGUCUGGAGGACAAUAUUCGUGAUCAUCACCACAGUUAUAUCAAUGUUGAUGCCAUUCUUUAACGACGUCGUUGGCAUUCUUGGAGCAUUUGGAUUUUGGCCACUUACAGUAUACUUCCCAGUGGAAAUGUACAUUGUGCAAAAGAGAAUUACCAAAUGGAGUGCAAGAUGGAUAUGUCUACAAAUACUUAGUGGUGCUUGCCUUGUUAUCUCAAUUGCUGCAGCUGCUGGUUCUUUUGCUGGAGUUGUUUCUGAUUUAAAAGUUUACAGGCCUUUUCAGAGUUAAAAAACUAUAAUUAUUGUUGAUGUUCAUUAAAAGGAAAAAAACAAACAAACAAACAAGGGCCUGAAGGUGUUGACAAGCCUGUUGUUGCUAUUGUGUAGGUUUUAAUUUGGCUUUUCCUUUUUUUUUAGUUCCACAACAAAGAAAAAGAAGGCAGGUCCUUGUAUGUAUGUAUCUAUGUGGGAAGAAAAAAAGAAUCAAAGUCUUUUUUCAAUUUAUGUAACAACUUUUAUUUCACUGCAAAGAGGAAAUAAGAAAUUGAAUCAAAAGUUUCUAUGCAUUUCAACUUA